UAUAUUGUAACUAUCAUGGGUAUUGACUUCGAUAUUUUGGAGCAUUGUAAAAAAGUCAGAGCAGAUCACGGUCCUCCGUACGCUUGUCCGGUCGAAAAAUGCGGACGGAGCUACAAGACCGUAUGCGGACUUCAGUAUCACCUGAAGAGUUACAAUCACGACAGUCCGACGCCGCUGUCGCCGACGACACCGGCGACCCCGAAAAACAAAAAGGGCAGGAACCGACCGAAACAGGCUAACAUAAUACCCGUCACAAUUGCGACGCCGGAGCCUCUUACCUUCGAAGAGGCGCAGAAAAUGGUACAGUUUGAGUUAAAUGGGGUGACGUGUCGAUGGAAUAUUAACGACAGUCUGCCUGUAAUGGCGAAGGAGGAACCACCGCCCGAGGAGAAGCCCGAAAUUAAGGAAGAGAAACCCGAAAUCCCAGAACCCGUUGUCCAACUGCCGGAAGCGAGUUUUAAAGAACUUGAAGAUUAUAAUAUAUGCGACGCCCCACCGAGGCCUAACGCUUAUAUAAGGUUUAUCGAAAAGAGCACGGAAGAGUUGGAUGGUGAGGUCGAGUACGAUGUCGAUGAGGAAGAUACCGCUUGGUUGGCACUGAUGAACGAUAAGAGGGAAGCGAUGGGAGUUGCGCCCGUCAGCGUUGACGUUCUGGAACUGCUCAUGGACAGGUUGGAAAAAGAAUCAUACUUUCAGGCGUCGGUCAACGGACACUCCAGCGGCGCUGUCGUCGACGACGAUGCCGUUUGCUGCAUCUGCAUGGACGGUGAGUGCCAAAACACGAACGUCAUCCUCUUCUGUGACAUGUGCAACCUGGCGGUACACCAGGACUGCUACGGUGUGCCCUACAUCCCGGAAGGUCAGUGGCUGUGUCGGCGCUGCUUGCAAUCGCCAAGCCGUGCGGUCGACUGCGAUCUGUGCCCGAACCAGGGCGGAGCAUUCAAACAAACCGAUCGCGGCACCUGGGCUCACGUAGUCUGCGCCCUGUGGAUCCCCGAGGUCCGAUUCGCCAAUACCGUGUUCCUCGAACCGAUAGACUCGAUAGAAACGAUACCGGCCGCUAGAUGGCGUCUCACGUGCUACGUCUGCAAGCAGAAAGGGGUGGGCGCGUGCAUCCAAUGUCACCGGAACAGCUGCUACUCGGCGUUCCACGUGACCUGCGCGCAACAGGCCGGCCUUUACAUGAAAAUGGACGCGGUUAAAGGCGCCGAAGUCGCCGGUCAACCGGUAUUGGUGCAAAAGAUCGCUUACUGUGACACGCACGCGCCUACCGAAUCUGCCGACCUAAAGAAAGACGAUCCGAGAAAGAAAAUGAUCCAGGCGCGGAAAGUUUUGGCGAAGAAACGUACUUCCGCGCCGGUGAUACUGAUGCCGAUGAUACCGCCCGAAAGGAUCCAGGAGAUCGCGUCGCUGGUGACGAUUCCCAAGAGGUCGCACUUUAUCCAACGCCUGAUAGCGUACUGGACGCUCAAACGGCAGUACCGUAACGGGGUGCCGCUUCUCCGACGGUUGCAGAGCGCUCAGGGUGGCGCCAGAGACUCGAACACGGGCAACGUCGACAUCAGGGAAUUGUGCAGGCAGCUCAAAUACUGGCAGUGUCUGAGGCAGGACCUGGAACGCGCGAGGUUACUCUGCGAGCUCGUGAGGAAACGGGAGAAGAUGAAGCUCGAGUAUACGAGAGUCAGUGAGAAAGUGCUGCGGGUAAAGUUGAAACCACUCGAGGCUAGCCUAGGGAAGGUGCUAGACGCUAUCGAAGCCAAAGACACGAACGAGAUCUUUACCGAGCCGGUGGACGUCGAGGAGGUGCCGGAUUACACGACCGUCGUCUCGGAACCGAUGGAUCUCAGCACGAUGAGGAGGAAGUUGCGCGACGGCCUCUACUCCGACCUAGCCGCCAUGGAGAAGGAUUUCGAUUUGAUGAUUGCCAAUUGUCUGGCGUACAACAACAAGGAUACCGUGUUUUAUCGGGCGGCGAUUAAGAUGAGGGAUCAGUGUGGGGUGAUAUUUCGCCACGCGAAAAAGGAGUUGGAAAGCGUAGGACUGCUACCUACUGAUAAAAACCCGACGCCUAACGGUAACGGUAUCGGCGAAGAGUCUCUCGCCUCGGACAUCGACAAAGAAUUAGAAGUGCUGCGCGGCAAAUCAGGCGCAGACGUCGUGUCUAAGCUGGAAGAGCUACUCGCGAAGAGCCAGGCCCUCAAGCACGGUCUCGCGCGUGCCAAACGGGUCAAGUGCGUGCGCAGCGAGCUAAACAAAGCGAGGAAAAGUCUAGCCGCGGCAUCGCAGAGCGAAGAAACCGACCUGACGUCACAGUCGGACGGCGAGAACGACGCGCGGAACGAUUCGACCAACUCAGCAAGUGUCUCCCCGAGCGGGGUUAACCGCCGCACGGCGGUUUUGUUCACGAAGAAGGCGCAAGCAGCGCUGAAAAAGGACGAGGGUAAGGAGAAGACGGAGACUGACACGCCCCCUUCGACGCCCACUAAACAGAAAAAGGGUCGCGGGAGGCGGUCCCAGCCACGCGAGGACGCAACCACCGCCCCGGACGGAGCCAGCGCCGCUGCCAAGGACAAUUCGGACAUUCCGGACAGUUUCAAGGUUUACCGCGCCGGUAGACAGACGCUCUCUGACGACGAGAAGAGCGAUGACAGCGACGCGAGCCUGUCGACUUGCUAUUCGCACGAUCCCAGCGAAAUCGAGAGUGACGAAGAGGACGAGGACAGCGAGGUCGUGGCGCAAUCGACGGACGAGGGGGCGCUACGUCCAUUGCGUCUCGUUUGGGCCAAGUGCCGCGGAUACCCAUGGUACCCGGCGCUCAUCAUCGAUCCCGACAUGCCCAAAGGUUUCAUCCAUAAGGGGGUGCCGCUGCCGUCUCCGCCCCAGGAGGUGUUGGAUUUGGAGUCCAAGUUUACCGAGCAUGUCUACUUGGUGUUGUUCUUCGACGCGAAAAGGACCUGGCAGUGGUUGCCAGCCGAGAAGUUGGAGAUUAUGGGCCAGGAUACCGAAAAGGACGAGCUUAAGGCAAACGAGCCGAGGAAACAGUCGGACAGGAAGGCAGUGAAGAAGGCGUACGAGAAUGCUUUAAACUACAUCCAACAAAUCAGCGAGGAAGGGGCCAACGCUCAGGACGAUAGCAAAGGUUGAGGAGGUUUUUUUUUUUUGAUUUUGCGGCUCAUUAGAAAUUUACACAAUUUUUUUUGUGAAUUAUUUGUGCCGUAUUCCAUGUUCUACACUAACCGCUUUUUUUUCUUUAUUUAAAUAAAAAUGAA